UUCACAUGGGCACCGCCUCCCUUUACCGCCAUAAACAAGGAAGUGAGCUGUCAGCUGCGGCGGAGUGAUCAUUAUUAGCUGCACGAGCACGGGUUCAAGGAGGUGUGCGCUCGUCGGCUUGCACCGCAUCACUCGCCAUCCGCAAUGGACACUGACUCAGAUCAUGAAGGUGAUCUCCACCGUGUGCCUAUCCAGGAGCCUUCAGAGCGGGUGACCAAGUGGAGGAACUUGACUGGCUUUUGGAUUCUCGGUCUGUGUAACAACUUCGCCUACGUCAUCAUGCUGAGCGCCGCACACGACAUCCUGAGCAAGCAGGAGGCAGGCAGCAACAGCACUCGUCCUGUAAGCAGUUGGCUUCUCUGUGGCCCGUUCCUCCAGCCCCUCCAGACACCGGCCCCCAUCCCCACGCAGAAUUCCAGCAACAGCAGCCGGUACGACUGCAACAGCCUGUCCACAGCGGCGGUGCUGCUGGCCGACAUUCUCCCUACGCUGCUGAUCAAGUUGACGGCCCCCUUUUACAUCCACCUCAUUCCAUACGGUUUCCGGGUGCUGAUAUGCAUCUUCACGGCCGCCGCCAGCUUUCUCAUCGUUUCUUUUUCCACGGGCGUAUGGAUGAGCCUGUUCGGUAAGUCUGUCACAAAGCUGAAAAGACCAAGGGAGAGGACGGUGGUCCCACUAGCAUUGUGUUCUUCUGUUAUUUCAGGUGUGGUGUUUGCCAGCAUCUCCUCUGGCUUGGGUGAACUGUCAUUUCUGAGCCUCACCGCCUUCUUCCAAAGGUUGGUGCCCUUCCUCCUCCUGCUGGCCACUAAGUGAAUGAAACGGUUCAAUCAGAGCCCUGCAGUCCCUCCAUUUUAUUGGAUGGAAAAGAUUUCAUUAACACUAGAUCCCACCCCCAGAGCUUAUACUGUCAGGUCCCAAUAAGGAAACAUGGGUGACGUGUAGCGGGACACAAAGCGCAGUUAGUGUUUGGGUAUUACGUAUGGUGAGGGACGUCAAGGAGAUGCGAUUCUUCUUUCUGCUCAGGAAUUCACUCAGGGUGACGCCUCCUCUCUUAAGCCCCAUUCAGACGGGAUUAUUGUUUGGAGUGGUGCGGGUGGGCACCGGAACCCUGCGCCAGCAUUUCCUCAUCUCCCUACUUAAUUUAUGCGUACUGUCAGUUCAGACUUCAAUGACAACCCCUAUUUAUAAGAACAAUACAUCGUUCACACCUCCAGCUCUACACCCCCUGCUUUUCUGUAUAAAUUGUGUAUAUCGUUGCACCUUCAGACCCCCGAGAGGAUAUAACGCCUCCCACCUCACUGCCCCCCCACUAUUCAGUGCACACAACGAGGAGUAAACCAAUGGUAGCCACGUCAGGCACAGGGUAUAAAGUGAUUAUUGCUGGAGUACUUUUGUCAUUUUAGUCCCAUUCGAAUCACUGAAAUGACAGAAUUUUAGCUGUAUGUCGAUUUGGACGGGACUAGGGG